GGCUCGGGCUUGGGGAGGAGGAAGCCGCGGAGGGUCAAAAGAGGGGAGAGGGCGAAGCGGCCUCCCGCUUGGCGGCUGCAGCGGAGCUGAGCGUGCAGGUGUACCCCAGGUUACAGCUUCCCCACAAUCCAUGCCACCCGGAGACCCGUCCUGCAGUAUUUGCUGACUUGCUCCAGCACAGAUAAGCCCCAUCCUCAGCCUUCCAUCCCGUCACUGCAGGCAAUCCCAUUAUGGAUGGACGAGAUGAGGGUAACCUCAUUAUCAACAAAAGAUUCGUAUCGGAGACGGAACUAGAUGAACGGCGUAAAAGGAGGCAAGAAGAAUGGGAAAAAGUGCGAAAGCCAGAGGACCCAGAAGAGUGCCCCGAAGAGGAAUAUGAUCCUCGUUCCCUGUAUGAAAGACUCCAGGAACAAAAAGAUAAGAAGCAGCAGGAGUACGAAGAGCAGUUCAAAUUCAAAAAUAUGGUAAGGGGCUUAGACGAAGAUGAGACAAACUUCCUUGAAGAGGUUACACGGCAGCAAGAGUUAGUAGAAAAGCAACGAAGAGAAGAAGACUUGAAGGAGUUGAAGGAAUACAGAAGUACCCUUACCAAGGUCGGAGGAACUCUGGACUCCAAGAAGGAAACAGAGAGAAAACUUGCUGCAAAACCGUUAGAAAACAAGAAUAAGUUCUCUCAGGCUAAACUCUUAGCAGGUGCUGUCAAACAUAAAAGUUCGGAGAGCAGCAACAACGUCAAAAGGCUGAAGUUGGCCCCUGAGCAGGGUGACAAGAAUCAAGAGACUCAGUCUGGCGCACAACGUGGAAGUGGUUCCCUGAGCGGCCCGCCCACCAUCCACUGCCCCUCGGCCGCCAUCUGCAUCGGGAUCCUCCCCGGCCUGGGGGCCUACUCCGGGAGCAGCGACUCGGAGUCCAGCUCGGACAGCGAAGGCACCAUCAACUCCACCGGGAAGAUCGUCUCUUCGGUUUUCCGUACCAACACGUUCCUGGAGGCCCCGUAGCCUCCUCAUCCCCGUGGGCCCCGAGGGCCGACUGGACACUUGAUCCGGCCUCGGGGCAGUCCCUCCCCCCAGACCCCCACCCGCUUCCUGUGCGUACGGCAAUGUCUUUAACUUAGUCUAAGAAUAUACCAAAAUCCAACCUGGAAGCAACGGAAUUUGUUUUCACGUGGCGCUGUUGGCGGUUGGGUUGCAGUGAGGGGGCAGGGCGAUAGAUGAACCAAGUAAGUCCUUGACUGGGAGACUUACUUUGGCACUAAAGGUUGUUUGUUUUUUUUGCUUUUGGUUCUUUUGUUUUAACAGGACGAGUCAGCAGAGACGAUCAUUGAAUGGCCGUAGUGUAUUCCGUUGAUGGAUAUUUUAAACCAGUAUUUUAUUCCCUCCGCGUUUCGGCACGUAAGGGGUGGGGGUGGGGAGCGAACUUGUUCCAGCCGUGAAAAGAAGCGUGUGUGUGUCCCCCCCCACCAACACUUAACACAUUCUUAUAUGUCAUGUGUCCAAAUAAAAGAUCCUAAAUCCCUUUCUG